UUGAUUAGAAUUCUUUAGUUUUUGAAGAUACUAUUAGAUUUCAAAACUCACUCGUGGAAGAAAAGUUGCCAGUUACCUUUUUUUUUUCUUUGUUUGUUAUGGUUGUUCCGUUUUAAUAAGAUGUAAGAAUUGUAUAUGUACGCAUUAAUACUUAUUGUUAAGAGAGAAAGAAAGCAGGGAUGGAUGAUGAGGAGAUUAUUCCUCACAUGUUUCAUGAACACCCGCUGAGCCUGAUCCCCAACCUGGCCGCGGAAACUUGUUAUUCUUGGAACAAUUGGUGUUAUGGUUGUUUCAGAUUUUUUUUACCAGGAGAGGCAGCCUAUGGAUGCAGCCAAAAGUGUGGAUUUCGUGAUCUAUUCCACAAAGAUUGCAUGGAAAUGCCGAGAGAGAUUCGCCAUCACCUCCAUCCUUCACACUCACUCACACUCACAUUCACACUCACACAAGAACAUGAUUCUCCAUACAUUUUCAUAAGUUCAUGUGCAGUUUGUGAAGCGGUUAUGCGUGGGAUGUACUACGAAUGUAGUGGGGGAUGUGACUGGUGGAUCCACUUGGGAUGCGCAGGGGGUUUUGAUGAAGUAGUAGUUGAUGAUAAUCCAACAAUGAAGCACACAAGCCACCCCCAACACCACCUCAAAUUUUCCAAGAAAGCAAUAUUGUGCUGUGAUGCCUGUGGUGCCACUCACAAAGGGAAGUCCUACAUCUGCACCGUUUGCGACUACUGGAUACACGAGAGAUGCGCACUCUUGCCGGUGUCCGCGCACUUUCCUCAUCAUCGCCCCGACCACUCUCUCUCCCUCGCUUUUCAUAUUCCAUAUCAGUACAUCCUAUAUAAAUUGGUAUGUGCUAUAUGCAGCGGAGCUUUGCCAUUGAGACGUUGGGUCUAUCAUUGCCACCUUUGCAACUAUGUCGUGCAUACCAACUGUGCCUUCCGCUCGCCUUCUAAUGCAUCUAAUAAUGAAAAUGCAGUUGAUGAUGAGAAAGACAUUGUUAUUUGGGUAGUGUAG